UGUUGUUCGCCAGAGUACAAUGGGUGGUGGUUGGCGUGUUAGCCAACAUUUACUCAUUUACUUAAGGGAAACUACAAAAAUACAAUUCAAUUGAAAUUUUCCUUUUAGUUGGAAUCGAAAGAGCAAAGACUUAAGAAAAGAAAGAACUCGAUUUUUAGCUAUCGUUGCUAGUAUUUUCUUUUAAAUUACGAAAUAAUUGACAAUAUUAAGUUUAAAAAAUCAAAAUCUUGGGAAAAAAUAAUUCAAAACAAAACUAACAAAUGGUGUUGGAUUCCAAAUUCUACUGAAUUGAAAAAAUUAACCAAAAACAAACUUUUGGAAAGCAAUUUCUUCACAUUCAAAAAAAAAGAUCUACUAUAGAAAUUUAUAUAACAGUGUAAACUCUGCACCAAACAAAACAGGGAUAUGGGAAUUCCAGACAUUCGCCAUUUAAUCACUGUGGAAUUUGAGGUUUAUGGUCAUGUGCAAGGAUGUUACUUUACUAAAUAUACUCGAGAUUUAUGUACUAAAGCCGGCAUUACUGGUUGGGUAAAGAACUCCAAGCAAGGGACAAUUGUUGGUAAAAUGCAAGGACCCAAAGAAGAAGUGGAUAAAAUGAUUGAAUGGCUGUCUACGAAAGGCUCACCUGGUUGCCAAAUUGAAAAAUGUGAUUUAAGAAAUAUGGGCACAUUAAACCGCUUGGAUUACAAGACAUUCGAUAUACGAUUUUAGUGUUAUAAUAACUUUCUCUGUUAGAAUUUGUUGUUUAGGAUUAAGAAAAAUGUAAUAUUAUUGCUUUAUUUUUUAUUAUUUUCAUUAUUCAUAAAAUAAUCUGGCGCAUGUUUGUAAAACUAAAAAAGAACAAACCAAAACAAGUAAUGUAGCAGAAAAAUCUGUAAAGGUAAAAAUUUCAUACUGCUGUGUAUUUUAAACCAUAUAA